GGCCGUCCCAGGACAGUAUAAAAAGCCCCGCGAACUGUCCCUAGAGCACGGAAAGAACUGGAUUUCUUAGGUGUAUCUGUCUGUCAAUCAAUCAUGAAGGCUGUGGCAAUAAUCCUUGCUCUGGCAGUUAUCUCUGGCUGCCAUGCCCGCGCUGUGCGCCAGGCAGAGGCCCUCCAGAACCACUGGGAGGAGAACGUUGAGCGCUUCUGGACCUACGUGUCUGAGAUCAACAGCAGAGCCGACGGACUGGUGGAAAACCUCAAGGCCUCCCAGCUCAGCAGAGAACUCGACACCCUGAUCACUGACACCAUGGCUGAGCUGACCGUGUACGGGGAGGACAUCCAGACCAAGUUGGGGCCCUACUCCCAGGACACAGCCGCCCUGCUGGGCCAGGACCUGCAGCUUCUGACCACCAAGCUCCAGACCGACAUGGUUGACGCCAAGGAGCGCAGCACACAGUACCUGGGAGAGCUCAAGACUAUGAUGGAGCAGAAUGCUGAUGAUGUCCACAACCGUGCCAACACCUACACCCGCAAACUGAAGAAACGCCUUAACAAGGACACCGAGGAGAUCCGCAAGACCGUGGCCACCUACCUGGGUGAGAUCCAGUCCCGUACCUCCCAGAACAUGGAUCUCGUGAAGGAGCGUGUGGAGCCCUUCGUGAGUCAGGCCCACGACACCGCCGCCCAGAGGCUGGGCAGCUUCACUGACCUUCUGAAGAACCAGGCCCAGGACCUGAGCCAGCAGGUCUCCACCCAGGCCGAAGGCAUGCGCGAGAAGCUGGAGGCCACCGCCGAGGACCUGCGCAUCACCCUGGAGGGCAAGAUCGAUGAGCUCAGCAGCCUGAUCGCCCCCUACGCCGCCAAGAUCCGUGAGCAGCUCCAGACCGCCAUGGACAAGGUCAAGGAGACCGCUGUCUAAAUGGACCCAGGGGAGGGAGGGGGUCGGAGGACCGGUGUCCCGCCACUGCACCCCUGUUUAAGUAGGGGUGGGGGUUGUGAAGCACUGUGCCACCAUUCACCUAGCUACCACAGAGAGGAGGAGGGAGUUAAGUGUUACUGAUGCUGUUUUCACUGUGUUGGCACUGUGUGUUUUGGUUGAGGGUGGUUGAUAGAGAGAGAUGGGUGAGGAUGACAGAGCUUUGAAGUGGUCUUGAGCAGACAAACACAGUUCUUUAUGUCUGUUCAGGCCUCAGAAAGGCAUUUACUGUUUAAAUCACUUCAAUCACUCUCUCGCUGUAUUAUCUCCUCAUCUAAGAACACAAGAGCCACACUCAAUACUGCCUUUCUUAAACACACAAGAGGCCAUUGUUUUUAACCUGCUUCGCUUGUCUUCCUCAUUAUAAGUGCUCUAGAUGUCUUCUCCAAAUUGUUCUACUAAUUUGCAUCAGGUUUCUAAGGCUGCUAUAUGGGAUACAAGGGGGGUUGAAACAGUAUCUAACAAUCGUGAGCCAAAUUGUCUCCGGCCCAUUCCAGCGCUGUCCCUGUCCUUCAUUUCAAUAACUGCACUGAACUAAGACUGGGCUUAUCUCCAGCACUAGCAUCAGUCUGUCCAGAACCAAAGGAGCAGAACCACUCCAUGCCUUGCUUGUCUAUGAUGCUGUAUCUACACCUGCUCUGUAGGCUCUGUAUUUGUUGUGAUUCAUAUAGAAGUGUAUUUACUAUGACUGUGAUAUGACGCGAAUAUGACAAUGAAACUAAAAGGUAUACUUCACAGGGUCCAUAUACUACCUGUCUGUAAUUUUUCAGUUUGGCCAGAGUGUCUCUGCCACUUCACAAUGUAACACGCCCUGCUGCUCACCAUAGCACACUGUUCGUCUGGCUGUCUGGCUGACUGCAGUGUGCUACCCAGCGCUGCGUAAAUAAAAUAUGUAAAGAGUU